GAUCAUGUGAACAAUGUGCCGAUGAUCUAAGUCCCCUAGAGAGCGACCUGAAUGCCGAGUCCAGCUCAGGUGCAGUAGACGCUGCUGAUCCAUAGCAGAUGCGAAUAUCGACGAGCUCUCGAUCUCACACGCCGAUGGAAUUAUUAUUCGUUAACUGAAGUAAAUAAUGCGAUUUUGAAGGCCCUCUUCAAAAUAUCCCGGGGAUACGGAUAGUAUUCCGUUGGGAGCGUUGGAAGAAAGGACAGCGCAGCUAGCGGAGCCCGUCGCUGGUACUAGAAUUCGACUGGUUACCACAGCAUCACGUGUAACCAUGCCAUUGGUUACAGCAUCGCGUGUAACGAUGCCGCACCUUUCCAUGCCACCCGCAGCACUGCCGUUAUUCGAAGCAGCUUCAAACGAAGCACAAGGCGAAAUCGCUCCGGUACGGGAGCGGAGCAGCAUAACGACAACAGCAGCAGCAGCAGCAGAAGAUACAGCAGUUACAGCAGCCGAAUCUCCAGCAGCAGCACCAAGAGUAGCAGCAGAAAUGGCAGGAGCAGCAGAAAUAGGGGGCCUCCAUCCCCUACCAAACGAGUUCCCGCCUUUUCCUGUCCCCAAGAUCCUUCCCCAGAGCAGAUCAUUCUGCUUCUACAGAAUCAGCUUAUAGCGGAGCGGACCUCCUUCGAAAAACGCCUGGCGAAAGUCGCGCAGGAAGCGGAGGAAACCCUAAACGCGCAGCAGCGAUUCUGGGCGGCGCAAGUGGCACGCUUAGAGGCGCAAGUGGCGGAAACCGGGCGGCAGAUGGCGCAGAUGCGGGCGGAAAGGA